CAAGGUUUUUAAUUGUGGCUGCAGCUUACCAAUCCUUGAUAUUACCGAAAAUUGUGUAUAAUGAUAUCUCAAUAUGCAGUGAAACUCAAUAAACCUUGCCCUUGUGGUUGCAAUUGUGGUUGUGGUUGGGGUAGUGGUUUCGUAGCAAUCCUAGAAAUGCUGUUAAUGCAGCCACAAUUACAGUCACAAUCCUGUCACUUGUUAUGGGGCUUUCCCCUAAUAUGAGUGUUUAUCAUAGGUUUGGUUGUCACUGUUUUGGAAAGGGCUAUCCAUAAAGAGAGGGUUUCUACCAACAAGGAAAUUGAAGGAAGUGUCACUUGGUAAAAUGUUUUAUAAUGAAACUUAUCGGAACCUCAACUCUCAAGGGUGACACUCUGAUGGGGAAUUGGGUAUUAUGAGAUGUCUAAGUCUUGUAUUGACAAUGAAUGAUGAUCAACUUUGGACUUUGCAUUUCUUGUUUGGCAAGAACUUCGAGGGAGCCACUAGAAUUGUUGACCAAAGAGGUGUCAACAAGAUAUCUGCUCAUCCCAGUGGAAGGUUUAUCUUUCAGGUUACAGGAGAAUCCCGAAGAAAAGACCAAUAUCUCUGUUUUGCAGAGAAUUUUUGUGCUUGUCAUUCUUUCUUCUAUGAUGUCGUCAACAGAGGAGAACAACUUUGUUGUAAACAUCAGUUAGCUGCAAGACUUGCUGCAUCUUUGGGAUCAUAUGCUGAAGUUAACGUGUCUGAUGAGGAGCUAGCUCUGUUACUAUCCAGAAUAUAGCCCUUGCUUUGUAGAUUAACGCUUUAUAAUUUAUUUAAUAAUGAUUUCAUAGAGCAAGGAACAUAUCAUCUUUAGAUUUAGUUAAUAUGUAUUACAUGGGCAAAAGAAAGAACAUCUUAUCCGUAAAAAAGUGUGUUUAGAUGGGCAAAAGCAACAAUAGAUGAAGCACUAAAAGCCAUUUGUGGU